CAGCAAACUUCGGCUGCCUCAGCGGACCCCGGGCUCCCCGUUUGCAGGAGCCGUGUGCCAGAAGGCGGGGGACCCCGCGGGGGGCGACGAGGAGCCCCCGGUCUUCCCUGCCCUGCCCGCGAGGCCAGCCGGAGCCGCGGACCGAGCCGCGCGGGACGCAGCAGCAGGGGCGGCUGGAGGAAGAUGCGGGGCUCGGGGCCCCGGGGCGCGGGACGGCUGCGGCCCCUGGGCAGCGGCGGCGACACCCCCGGCACCCCCGCGUCCCUGGCCGGCUGUCACUGUGCACAUCGCAGGGCCCCCCUCUGGACGUGCCUUCUCCUGUGCGCCGCGCUCCGGACCCUCCUGGCCAGCCCUAGCAACGAAGUGAAUCUGCUGGACUCACGCACUGUCAUGGGGGACCUGGGAUGGAUCGCUUUUCCAAAAAAUGGGUGGGAAGAGAUUGGUGAAGUGGAUGAAAAUUACGCCCCUAUCCACACAUACCAAGUCUGCCGAGUGAUGGAGCAGAACCAGAACAACUGGCUUCUGACCAGCUGGAUCUCCAACGAAGGUGCUUCCAGAAUCUUCAUAGAGCUCAAGUUCACGCUGCGGGACUGCAACAGCCUUCCUGGAGGGCUGGGGACGUGCAAGGAGACGUUUAACAUGUAUUACUUCGAGUCAGACGACGAGCACGGGAGGAACGUCAAGGAAAACCAGUACGUGAAGAUCGACACCAUCGCGGCGGACGAGAGCUUCACGGAGCUGGACCUGGGCGACCGCGUCCUCAAGCUGAACACGGAGGUCCGCGACGUGGGGCCCCUGAGCCGGAGGGGCUUCUACCUGGCCUUCCAGGACGUCGGGGCGUGCAUCGCGCUGGUCUCGGUGCGCGUCUACUACAAGAAGUGCCCGUCGGUGGUGCGCCACUUGGCCGUCUUCCCGGACACCAUCACCGGGGCGGACUCCUCCCAGCUGCUGGAGGUGUCAGGCUCCUGUGUCAACCACUCGGUGACGGACGAGCCCCCGAAGAUGCACUGCAGCGCCGAGGGGGAGUGGCUGGUGCCCAUCGGCAGGUGUGCGUGCGAGGCCGGCUACGAGGAGCGCAACGGCAGCUGCCAAGUGUGCAGACCUGGGUUCUUCAAAGCCUCACCUCACAUCCAGAGCUGCAGCCAAUGUCCACCUCACAGUUACACCCAUGAGGAAGCUUCCGCCUCUUGUGUCUGUGAAAAGGAUUAUUUCAGGAGGGAGUCUGAUCCACCCACAAUGGCAUGCACAAGACCCCCCUCUGCUCCUCGGAAUGCCAUCUCCAAUGUUAAUGAAACUAGUGUCUUUCUGGAAUGGAUUCCGCCUGCUGACUCUGGUGGAAGGGAAGAUGUGUCCUAUUAUAUUGCAUGCAAGAAGUGCCGCUCCCAUGCAGGGGUGUGCGAGGCCUGCGGUGGGCAUGUCAGGUACCUCCCCCAGCAAAGCGGCCUGAGAAACACCUCUGUCAUGAUGGUGGACCUGCUCGCUCACACAAACUAUACCUUUGAGAUUGAGGCAGUGAAUGGAGUGUCCGACUUGAGCCCAGGACCCCGGCAGUAUGUGUCUGUAAAUGUAACCACAAAUCAAGCAGCCCCCUCGCCAGUCACCAAUGUGAAAAAGGGGAAGAUUGGAAAAAACAGCAUCUCUUUGUCUUGGCAAGAACCCGAUCGCCCCAAUGGAAUCAUCCUGGAGUAUGAGAUCAAAUAUUUUGAAAAGGACCAAGAGACCAGCUACACCAUUAUCAAAUCCAAGGAGACCAGCGUCACUGCAGAAGGCUUGAAGCCGGCCUCCGUGUAUGUCUUCCAAAUCCGAGCACGAACCGCGGCUGGCUACGGUGUCUUCAGUCGAAGAUUUGAGUUUGAAACCACCCCAGUGUCAGUGGAAGCAUCCAGCGAUCAGAGCCAGAUCCCGAUAAUCGCCGUGUCCGUGACUGUGGGGGUCAUUCUGCUGGCCGUGGUCAUUGGCUUCCUGCUCAGUGGAAGCUGCUGCACUUGUGGCUGUGGGAGGGCUCCUGCCCUGUGCGCUGUUGCCCAUCCAGGCCUGACAUGGCGGUGCGGCUACAGCAAAGCAAAGCAAGACCCAGAAGAGGAGAAGAUGCAUUUCCAUAAUGGGCACAUUAAGCUGCCGGGAGUAAGAACCUACAUUGAUCCCCACACCUAUGAAGAUCCCAACCAAGCUGUCCAUGAGUUUGCCAAGGAGAUAGAAGCCUCUGGCAUCACCAUCGAGAGAGUCAUCGGAGCAGGUGAAUUUGGUGAAGUUUGUAGUGGACGUUUGAAGUUACCGGGAAAAAGAGAAUUACCCGUGGCCAUCAAAACCCUCAAAGUGGGCUACACAGAGAAGCAGCGCAGAGACUUCCUGGGCGAAGCCAGUAUCAUGGGACAGUUCGAUCAUCCUAACAUCAUUCACUUAGAAGGCGUCGUGACCAAAAGUAAACCAGUGAUGAUCGUGACCGAGUACAUGGAAAAUGGCUCAUUAGACACAUUUUUAAAGAAGAAUGACGGGCAGUUCACGGUGAUCCAGCUCGUGGGCAUGCUGAGAGGCAUCGCCGCGGGAAUGCAGCACCUGUCAGACAUGGGCUAUGUGCACAGAGACCUGGCCGCUAGGAACAUCUUAAUCAACAGCAACCUCGUGUGCAAAGUGUCCGACUUCGGGCUUUCCCGGGUGCUGGAAGAUGAUCCCGAGGCCGCCUACACCACCAGGGGAGGCAAGAUUCCAAUCAGAUGGACUGCCCCAGAAGCAAUAGCUUUCCGAAAGUUUACCUCUGCCAGUGACGUCUGGAGUUACGGAAUAGUGAUGUGGGAGGUGGUGUCUUACGGAGAGAGACCCUACUGGGAGAUGACCAACCAGGACGUGAUUAAAGCGGUCGAGGAAGGCUACCGUCUGCCAAGCCCCAUGGACUGCCCUGCUGCACUUUACCAGUUAAUGCUGGAUUGCUGGCAGAAAGACCGAAAUAGCAGGCCCAAAUUCGACGACAUCAUCAACAUGUUAGACAAGCUGAUUCGUAACCCAAGCAGCUUGAAGACGCUGGUGAACGCUUCCUGCAGAGUAUCAAAUUUACUGUCAGAACACGGCUCGCUAGGAUCUGGGGCCUACAGAUCAGUAGGUGAAUGGCUAGAAGCAAUCAAGAUGGGCCGGUAUACAGAGAUUUUCAUGGAAAAUGGAUACAGUUCAAUGGACGCUGUGGCUCAGGUGACCUUGGAGUGAGUAAUUUUUCUGAUAAUUUUUACAUAAUUGCUGGGGCGAGAAAAAUUGUUCAGAAACCACCCUUGAUGAGGUCAAAGGAAGUCAGUUAACCUUUGUCCGUGUGUGGCAGCUCUCCAAGAACCCUCUUCUUUUUGGCCUGUAUUGUUAACAACUGCAUGAUUCACGUAGCUGGUGUCUUUGCUUGUUUGCCUCAAACAAACAGCGUUUGAGUAUUUGAAUAACCGGAACAACAGCUCCUUGGCAAAACUGGUAUUUUGUGUUGUGGAAAAGAUGUUUUCUUGACAAGUUUCUUAUUCUGGUACUUACGUUACAUGAAUGUAAAUACAAAACAAACUGUGAGCACAAUUGGUGUGUCUCCUUCUACGUAAGGACAAAACACGUUCUCAAAUUUCAGCUCUCUGGGCUGAAUACCAAGGUUAAGACAGCUUCGACCAAGCUUCCCGGGCAGGAAUUUAAUUUCUGAGGCGCACCUUAUACCCCUGCGGUGUGUAAGGAUGUGUUAGACCCUGCCUCCGACGUAUUGGGUACAAUCUCAGUGGAACCAACUGUGCCCUUUUCUGUUUGCACGUUUAAGAUAAACAUUAUCAAAAUCUUAUUAAAUAAAAAUCACUAGAGUUAACGAUCCAGUUCUUUAAGGUUGUAAGUUGUUUGUACUUUAUCAUAUACUCUGUACAUGUAGUUCUUUCAGCCUAAUUGUUAUUUGUGAAUAUUAAUUGUCGUUAGCAGUGGUUCCAUCUAGAUUACGUUGACAUUUAUAACGUUUUAACCUGUGAAUAUAAUGAUCACUCCCUUCCAAUUGCCUACAGAUUCAAAGGUUAAAAUAUUGCAGUAAGGAUCAGAAAAUGGUAGGAUACUCUGAGGCACUAGACCACAGUCCUUAUUUCAUUCCGUCACGAGACCUGGGCUCUGUGCAGCUCUGUCUCAACCUCACUGUCAUAUAUGACACAGUUCAUCUCCACGGAAGGUAACAGGGUACCACUAUCUGUCACCAGGUCAAGUCACUUUUGGGCAUUCUCUGCCUUUGUGCUGAAAUCACAAUCACUCAUUUUGCUUCCUUAAUUGACCAAGUUCCAUUCCCACUGCCACCAUCAAAUCAUAUCCACGUAAUGACACACACACACACUUUGCCCACUAUUUCUUUGGACACUCGAGAAGCUCAUUUUUGCUGUAUUUAAAAUACUAUACUGAAAAAAUUAGUGAUAAUUUAAAACUAUUUUUACAUGACUGCUAUUUAAUUUUUCAGUAAAAAACGUUCAUUUUAAUUUAUUGAAGUCAUUUGUCAUUUUAUAUUAAAAUGAUAUUGUAGGUAUUUCUUCUACCCGAUGUCAGAUUACUUGUACAUAUAUAAUAAAAUUAUUUGCAUUA